UUUUCUUUUCUUUUUUGGUGUGAAAUAUGUAGCCUGCUGAGUGAUCAAUGCAUCACCCUUCAAGAGGAGAAAGCUGCAACCUGUUGCUCUUUUAAAAAAAUCACGUUGCUUCUUAAAAACCCUACGGAUAUUUAUAACACUAUAUCAAGACAUUCUGGAUGCUUAGGACUUAUGACAUGCGGUUAUGGUGCCAUGGUGGCAGAAGUUAAAAUGAGGUCUUUUGACGAGCAGUUGGUGCGCUCAGAAUGGCCCGGGAGGAUUCGGUGAAGUGUCUGCGCUGUCUGCUCUACGCGCUCAACUUUCUCUUCUGGCUUAUGGCCCUGUGUGUGCUGGGAGUGUCCGCCUGCCUCAGGGAUCACCUGAACAAUGUGCUCACCUUAACCGCUGACACCAGACUGGAGGAGGCAGCCGUUCUCACAUACUCCCCCGUUGUCCAUCCUGUCAUCAUCGCCGUGUGCUGUUUUCUAAUCAUCGUGGCUAUGGUCGGCUACUGUGGCACGCUCAAGUGCAAUCUGCUUCUACUGUCUUGGUAUUUUGGCAGUCUGAUGGUGAUAUUCUGCGUGGAGCUGGCCAGCGGAGUGUGGACGUACGACGAGCCUAUGGUACAGAGGUCUGAUAUGAUAAGUCUAAAGUCUCGUAUUCCUCAUUUCGGCCUGCAACGCUACCAGUGGCUCACACAUGCCUGGAACUCUUUACAAACAGAGUUAAAGUGUUGUGGAGUGAUCUACUUCACCGACUGGCUGGAAAUGACAGAGAUGGAGUGGCCACCUGACUCCUGCUGCUCCAAUCAGUAUCCAGGAUGUGCCCGCCACGCCCACUACCAUGACCUCAGUGACCUUUACCAGGAGGGUUGUGGUCCCAAGAUCUACAGUUUUAUCCGUGGCACCAAACAGCUGCAGGUGCUGAGGUUCUUGGGCGUGUCGAUUGGUGUGGCUCAGAUUUUAGCCAUGACGUUGACUGUGACACUCCUGUGGGCUCUCUAUUAUGACCACAAACCACCUGACCCAGCAUCCCCAGAUGCUUUAAUCCACACGCACAGCUCCUCAGAAGAUGCUUUGAAGCCCAGCCACCCACAUCCACGAGUGCCUGAGGCCUGGGCCAAUGCGCCCGCUAAUGGACACACCCAGUUUGAGAUGGAGCAACUUUCCUAGCAGUGACUUCAUGGUGACGCAUCGGCUACUUCAACACUGCGGAGACACUAAAAAUGACACUUGAAUGGAUCGGACAGCAGCAGUGAACUGGACCAGAAAAUGGACCUUGUGGAAUAUGAAGUAGUCUGGGUGCCUGGAUAAUACGAUUUAAAUGGUGUGAAUCAUUUUAGAGAAAACUUUAUAUGCCUGUGGAUAAGGCAGCUUUUUGUGGUCAUCACAUGGAAGUUGAAGAGGAUUUACUGCGUUCUUCCUAAAGUCAUUGCCUCUGUCUCUAUAGACUUGAAUUCUCCAGAGGGAGGUUUCUGGAAUGAACUGUUUCCGCUUAAAUCUUUCUUCCUCUCAGUGAAAUGGCCCAUCACCCACUUAUACUGACCUAGUUGAUGCACACUAUGAUUUUGGCCAUUUUUUUUGCCAUGCGAGACAAGAAUUGUAAAAUAUUUAUAUUAUCAUAGUCCAAAAUCAAUUUGUAUUAUGGGAUUCUCUUCAUGUUAGGAUCACAAUUUACCUCACAUUUAUUCACAAAUUCCUUCUUUCACCAAGCUAUGUCAGACUUCAAACACUCCGUCAUUUUUUUCUCUCCUUUACUAGUACAAAAGUUGUGUGGUACUAUUUAAAUG